UAUACAGGUCAUGUCUGUACUGGGCCAUAGAUCGAGAUCAAGCCAGUCUGGUCAAGAUGCUCAUCCAGUAUGGGGCAGACACUUCAUUAAUGGACGACCAAGGGAAUCGGCCCAUCCACCAUUGCUGCUGGGAGUCUGUACAAAUGGACUGCGCGUGGGAAGUGAUUAAAGGAGGCGGUCUCAUUUCUACUAAAGAAAACACGGUUUUGAAUGACAAAAGGGUGUCUAACCAGCCAUCUCUGUUCAGGACUCUACUAUGGCAGCUACAUGUUGAGCCCGAUGCGCAGAUGUUGGUGAAGAUACUGCGGAUGUUGGUAAUUUGGGGGUACGGUGUCCACACUACAGAGGCCCAUCAAAUUGUAUCUACACUUCACUUAGCGGACAUAACAAUGGUUGAAGACCCUGAAAAUUUCAAGUCAUUUGUUCAGUGGUUUGAAGAAAAGGUAAAAAACCCACACACUCUGAAGCAUUCAUGUUGUUUGAGCAUAAGAAAUGCCCUCGGAAGUAAGAAAUUGAGGGACAAAAUCUACUCUCUGCCACUCCCACACCAGCUACAGAUACAUUUGUCAAUGGAGGACUGCAUUUAAGAUUAUUUAACGCGAGCUGAGAGUGCCAAUGCGUUGUCUACACUGGAUAUUAUAGUUGAAAAGAUCUCGAGACACCUUAACAUUUACCAACUUUACUUAUAAGAACAGGAGUUGAUCAUAAAGCACCAUUUUGCAUGUGUUGCAUCGACUGCAAAACGAGCAAGAGUCAGUAUUUUUGGUGUUCUUAUUGUGGAAAAGUCACUCUGGUCAGGUUAAUUGCUAUACUCAGCACUCUGUAUAUGUACACAUACCGGUAUACUGUGUAUAGGAAAGGGUAUGGAAAAGUGAAAUUAGGGAAAAGUUUUAAAGGAACCUCACUUGAUUUUGAAUGGUAUAUAGUUUUAUAUAUGCAUGUAACUUCUGUGGUACUUUCAGUCUCUUGGUAAUUUUAGUUGGCAUGUUUUAAAAUUUUAUGAUUUCAUCUACUAAAAUAUAUAUCACAUGGUGCUGAGAUGAAUGCAGACUAUAGGGCAUGAUUGAGGUGACACCUAGGCAAACAAAAUACAACAGUGACACCUGGUUGACGAAGCAUGCUGGUGACACAUGGUUAAAUGUACACUGAGGCAGCACUUGAUAUAUAAAGGCAUCAAAAAUGUAUGUCUAAAGAACUGUUGUCAUUAACGAGGUUCUUGAGAUGACAAUUUUACAUUACUUUAUGAUAACCUACAUUUUGUUAGAAUGCCAUUCUUUCUAAUAUACUCCCUGCAAGCAUAUUUCAUUUAUGUAAAAUUUUAAUUUGCUAUCUCAUUCCUUGAUCAAAUGUUUAACCUUUUUGUCUGUCUGCUGUACAGUAUGUAACUGCCAAAUCAUCAAUGUUAUGAUAAAUAAGAAUCUAAUUAAUUUU